AUGCAUAUCCUCCGUUUUCUUCCACUCGCAGUUGCGAUAACCGCAGUGACUGCACAUCCCCGGCCCGAGCACCCAGAGCCGUAUUCUGAAGUCGUCAUCUUUGACCCGCCACGCAACUAUACCAUUCCACGCACUCUCUACGCGCGCAAUGAGCAAUUACCCAACGGCGACCUCCUAGCCACUUGGGAGAACUACUCGCCUGAGCCACCGGCAGUGUACUUCCCCAUCUAUCGUUCAUCCGAUUAUGGCGAGACAUGGACCGAGAUCUCCCGAGUCCAUGAUACAGCCAACGGCUUCGGUCUCCGCUACCAGCCAUUCUUAUACUAUCUUCCUGAGCGCGUUGGUCGCUUCCGCGCCGGAACACUGUUGCUGGCAGGGAGCAGCAUCCCAACGGAUUUGAGCUCGACUGAGAUUGGUCUCUAUGCGUCGCAGGACAAGGGUCGUACAUGGAAGUUUUUAAGCCACAUUGCCGCUGGUGGAGAGGCGAUUCCUAACAAUGGGCUGACUCCUGUAUGGGAGCCAUUCCUUCUCGCACACAAAGGCAAAUUGAUUUGCUACUAUGCGGAUCAGAGAGACAAUGCCACCCACGGCCAAAAGCUUUCCCACCAGGUCACAGAUGACCUUCUUAACUGGGGCCCCCCGGUUGACGAUGUCGCCUACCCGACCUACACAGAUAGACCUGGAAUGCCAGUGGUUACCAAGCUCCCCAAUGGUAAAUACUUCUACAUCUAUGAAUACGGCUCCUUCUUCAACACCUCCGAUUAUUCAUUCCCCCUGUACUACCGCAUCAGCGCCGACCCCGAAGGAUUCAUUGACGCAGAACACCAUGAGCUUGUUGUGUCUAGCGGGACAAUCCCAACUUCGUCCCCGUAUGUGGUCUGGACGCCCUGGGGAGGCAAGAAUGGUACCAUUGUGGUUAGCUCAGGCACACAGGAUGCUGUGUUUAUCAAUCAAGCACUGGGCGAGGGCGAAUGGACUGAGGUCCCCACUCCAGAGCCGCAUAGUUAUACCAGGGCUUUGCGUAUCCUUAAAGAGGAUCCUCGAUUCCUGUUAUUGCAUGGUGCUGGAGUACUUCUUGGGGAGCAGAACAAGGUAACUGUGAGUCUGCUGAACUUGGAGGAGGCCGUCGCUGCUCUGUGA